AUGUCAAAUGUUGUUGUACGGACAAAUGAAUUUUCAACUAUAUGGCCUCUAUUGUUAGAUUAUAAUCAACGUGAAUGUUUACAGAUUUUACGACGUCUUGAAUUAGAGGCCUAUAGUAAAAUUGUAGCAGUAUUACGAGCACAAGGACCGUUAACAGAAGAAAAGAAAAAGCUAUUGCAUAAAUUACAACGUCUUUUGAGUAUUUCAAUUGAUCGGCAUAAAGCUGAAGUUCGUAAAGCUUUAAAUGAUGAAGAGCUUGCAACUAUAUCAGAAGCUGUAUGCGGUAAAGAGGUUGAUGAAGAAUGGAUCUUAGAGGGUAAACGUAUUUCACCAAUUUUUCAACGUCCAAGUCCUGAGACUAUUUUUAUAUCACAAGCUAAUAAAGCUUCUUUUGAACAGUUAAUUCGUAAUUCUCGAUUACCAUGCCCAGCGGAAACAGCAACAUUUUCUGAAACUUUCAUAAAACUAGCAAAAUUGAAUGAUGAGAAAGUUGAUGUUAAACAACAAUCAGUUGAACAGAAAUUUCCUCCAGUAGUAGUAACGAAUGAUAAAGUAUGUGAUAUAUCAGUGAAUGAAUCGAAGACAGACAUUCACACUGUUAAUGACUCAAUUCAUCUUUCACAAAACAAAAAUGAAAAUAAUAUUAAACUAGAUAAUUUGAAUAAAUUACCAGAAAAAUGUUCACCAGUGAAAACUCAAAAUAAUCCGCUUGUUAAAUCACUACUUGAACCCAAAACUACUUCUAUUCAGUCACCAUCGAUAAAAGAUAACAAUUAUGUUGUGGAUAAAAGCUCCUUGGAUGUUGUGUUACCACAAAAAAUGGAGAUUAGUUCAUCACUUCAAAUGGAUAAUCAACAAGAAAACUCUACCCUAUCCACUUCAUUUUCUUCUUCAUCGUCAACUUCGUACACUGAAGUUCUAAAUGCAAAAAAUCAAGUUUUAUCCAAUCAAUUAACAUUAUUGCCGGUAGUUACACGUGAAUCUUCAUCUUCCGGAAGUAGUUGUUUAUUGAAAUCGGAAAAUACUUCACUUGUCAAUUGUAUUAGUGAUACUAUAUUGAAUAAACCUAGUAAAGUUCAUGAAUCUGUUUCGUUGAAUGAGAUAAAUAUGUCAACUUCAGUUGAUGCUCAAUUUACGACACCCGCUACAACAGCAGCCAAUGUUGUUACCUAUGCGAUUUCAGAACCUCGCACUGUUCAACCAGUUUUUAGUCAAAUCAAUCGAAUUCCUAUUACAACUACUAUAACCAGUGGUAAAGUAUUGAAUUCAUCUAAUUAUUCAGCUGUACAUGGCGUGAAUCUGUCAUCAUUGCCAUCAUCGUCUUCAGCUCAUACAUCUCAGCAUUUGGUCGUACAAAUGCAUCGAAAUCCUGACGAUUUAUUGGAUUCUAGCCAACAAGUAUUAACAACUACUCAACGCUGUUCUCUAAUCAAUCCUACCAAUUCAGUUUAUGUCUGUGAGCAUUCAACACCUACAGCGACACGUUUAUGUUCCACUUCUCCUAGUCAUAUUAAUAAUUUUACAACUAAUAGUAAUAAACUAUAUCAGCCUAUCAGCAGAUCGAAUUUAGAUAAUGUAAUCGGAGUAAAACGCCACCACCACCAACAACAACCUCAUACAUUGUCAUCUGUAACUCCUAGUGUUCUAAGCAUUCAAAGCCUUCAUAAUAGUACUACACCAUCUCAACGUUUUCGUGCUCCACAAUCACAACCACCAGUUGUUUCUACAAAUGAAACACCGAAACAGUUAUCAUCUAUUACACAAAUUCAAAAUCCUAAAAUUUUAAAAGCUACCAUACCUGUUUGUAGUAACGUCUUGGGAUCAACAACGUAUGCAUCAAAUAUGUUUUGUAGUUCAGUGAUAAAUAUUACAACAGAUAAUUUGCCGAUUAAUAAUAAUACUGAUCAAUUAAAUCGUACUUCAUUACCUCAACAAAAUACAUUGAUCCCAUCUAGUUCAGUUGUACAAUUUCCAUCGUCAAUUUCCGGGAACAAUGUAAUUGUGUUGCAUAAAGGUAUUGCGCGUAAAACAUUCACACCUACUCCAUCUAUACGAAUUGGAUCAACUGUGUCGGUCAAUAACAAUACACAAGCAAUUGUAUCUGGUGGUUAUUCAAACGCUUCCAUUGCAUUCCCGAGUCGUCAGUUUCGAAUUAUUGGUUUAUCGAAUACACCUGUAUGCUCUAAUUCUAGUACCGUUGAAACUUCAAUUUAUAAUCAGGAACCUAGUCAAGUAAUUUGCAAUAUCAAUGAAUUAGUAUCUAUUCAAAAUACUCCCACGAUGAUGACGACAACAAAUGCUAUUUCUAAAUCGUCAUCUAGUCAUUUACUUCAUCAUAGUUCACGUUUAGGAUCAAUUCUAGAAGUUGAUCUUGACUCAGAUAAUUAUAGUGAUCAAACCAAUUAUUAUACUGAUUAUCAUAACGCUACUAUACAUAGCAAUAAAUCGACUUCUCAUUGUUCUACUAUUGUUACAAUUCCACAAACGUCUUUAUCAAUAGACGUAUCGAAAUUAACACCUAUUCAUCAUAACAAACCAACAGUUUUAACCGAUGAAUUGUCUGUUGUCAAUUUACUUCGUACUACAACUAGUACUACUAAUAGUAAUAAUGAUUUACACGAUACUUCAUCUGGGUUAUAUACUAUAAUCAAUGAACAAUCGUUAAAUAAUAAUCGAUUGCCGAUAUAUUCUGAGGGUGGUAAUGUUAUAUGUCAACGAGAACAAUUGAAACCAGUGGGAGCAGCUGCCAUGUCCACCGCUACAAUUGAUUCAUCACAGAAGUGUAUUGAAUUAACCUCUUGGAAUAAUAAUACCAUUGGUAGCAGCAGUUGUCUUAGUGCUACUACUACUAGUAGUAGUAGUGGUAGUGGUAAAAUGAUUGGUCGUCUCCAGGGUAAUCCUACUGCUUCGAAUGUUGUACUAUUCAAUAACCCACCAAAUGCUAAACGUCCACGUUUUGAAUUAUCAUCAUCAACAUCAUCCACAGCAUCAAUCGAAAGUUCACAUUGA